UUUUGGUGAGAGAGAAAUGGCGGAAGAAAUACAGGUGUUUGGCGCAUGGGCUAGUCCGUUCAGUCGCAGAGUGGAGCUGGCUCUGAAACUCAAAGCGGUGGAAUACCAAUACAUUGAGGAAGAUUUAACCAAAAAGAGUGAUUUGCUACUGAAAUACAACCCACUUCAGAAGAAGGUACCUGUGCUCGUCCACCAUGGAAAGCCCAUCGCAGAUUCUCUUGUCAUUCUCGAAUACAUUGAAGAAAACUGGAAACCCAAUUAUCCCAUCUUCCCCAAAGAUCGCCAUGAAAGAGCUCUUGCCAGGUUCUGGGUUAAGUAUAUCGAUCACAAGGUUGGUGUUGCGUCAGUGAGAGCUGCUCGGAGUGGAGGAGAAGAGAGAGAGAAGGCUGUAGAAACAGUGCAGGAGGCUUUGGGAGCACUGGAGAAGGAGCUCAAAAGCAAGAGGUUCUUCGGAGGACACAAAAUUGGGUUGGUGGACAUUGCUGGCAUCUAUGUAGCUUGCUGGCUUCCUGCCUUUGAACAAGGACUUGGGUUUCAGAUUCUGAGCACCCAAAAGUUUCCAAAACUGAUCAAAUGGACUGAAGAGCUUACCAAUCACAGUGUGGUGAAGCAGAUUCUGCCUCCAAAACAUCAGCUUGCUGCUUAUCUCCAAACUCGUUUUGGAACCAAUAAUCUGGCUUCCAAGCUGUGAGUAAUUAAGGUAAAUAUGGUAAAUAUGUAUGCUUUCUCAAUCAAACUUGUUUGGGUCUAUUAUGCUUGGAUAAGGAAUAAAUUUAAUUGGAACUGUCAUAUUUCAGUAAUUAGAAAUGUUUAAAAGUAAAAGCUGUUUCGCAAGACAUUUCUGGCGAAGGGAAAUUCGAAUUUAAUAAAGAUGUAUUUGUAUUGAUGUAUAAGUUUUACC